AUGUCUUCCCUAAUCGGUGAAUAUCUGAAUGGAAAAUCCUUCAACGUCUCGGGUUUUGGCUGGUUAACGUUUGUUGCGUUUAGUGCAUCCGCCCUCAAGACCUCCGCACUUCGCUUUGCACGGCUCGUUGCGACCGCGACCGCGACCGUAACCGUCCCGCCACCGCCGCACUGCUUCGACCACGCUCAGUACAUCUACAUCGCCGACCGUCCCAACUCUCCGCCGCCUAUCGUCUCGUUCUGUUCAUCUGACUGGGCCCAUCUCUUAUGA